AUGGCAUCACAUUAUUCAUAUGGCAGUCGUGAAACGCUGAUCAUUGCCAUAAUACUAGAUGCGUUGCUGAUGCUAACAUACAUAACACUUAUUGCCGUUGUUAUUGCUGGAAUCGUUGCAUGGAUGAUCACUGCAUCGGCAACAGUUGAUGUAUUGGCUACUUUAACUAUUGGCAAUGCAUGGCAUACAGUAACGUGUCUUAUGAUCGAUUCUAUGACGCAGCGAUAUGCAACGGGUCCAGGUCAAAUUUUUUAUACUCAAACGUCAUCAGCACAAACACCUACUGGAAGCAUAGUAAUAAAAUACAAUCGACAUGUUGAUACCAAUGAUGGGUAGCGAUAGUCUUAUCUCAUCCAUCUCGCUAACAAAGGCAACUUUUGAUCGGUCCCCAGUGCUUUUGCAUACAAAGCG